GUGGACAGCGGCACAUUUCUGCCCUGCAAGGCAGACAGAGCGGGAGUGCAGGGGACUGUGACCUGAGCCAGCUGGGCAGCCACUUGGCACCAAAGGCAGCCUAUCUGUAGCAGAGCGCCAUGGUGGUCCCCAAAGGCAGCUGCCCCUUUCUUCUCCGCUGCCUUUGCAUCCUGCUGUUCAUGGGAACAAGCGUGCCUCCCGGCACAGCCCAGUGGUUCUCCCUGGGCUCUGAUGAAAAGACGACCACCAACCCAUUGACCCCCACACAGCACCCCACAGAGGAGAGGGAAGGCUGGGCUGCUGGUGAUGCAGAGCCAACAAAGAAAAUCCUGCUAAGCAAACCCCCGCUGGUGACCCCAAGGAGAAGGGCACAAGCCACCAAGAAGCCUCCAGCGUCAGCCAAGGGGAAACCAUCUUCACAAACCACCGCCUCCCUAGGAACCUUCGAAGGGAGUGCUGAGGAGGAGGAGUUUCUGCAGAUCAAGACAACCACAGAAAUGACAGCAGCUCGGAAGCCUUCCAGUGCCACUGCUAAAGUAAUAAGAGGGCCAAAGCCCACCCCUCUGAAGGCUACUACAACUUGCCAGAUAAGCAACCACUCGCAAUGUGUGUGCCCGGCUGUCCCAGGCCCUCCUGGCCCAAAGGGAGACAAAGGCGACCAGGGAUCUCCAGGAGCAAGAGGUUUGCCUGGAUUUUCUGGAGAGAGAGGCCAAGUGGGGAACCCAGGUCAACGGGGUUCCCAAGGACCCCCAGGUCCCCCCGGACCCCCAGGCCUUCCUGGGCCCCCAGGCGUGCCUGGAUUGACAGGAGUCACGCAAGGACUGGUCAUAUCUGAGAAUGAGCUGAAUAAGCAGCUGGGUUUGCCUGGCCUGACAGGGCCCCCAGGACCUCCAGGUGCCCCUGGCUUCCCAGGACCCCCAGGACCCCAAGGCUACCCAGGGCAUGAAGGUGAACAAGGCCCUGAGGGACUCCCAGGGAAAAAAGGCCAGCCAGGGCCCCCAGGCCCAGCAGGAGCCCCAGGCCUGCCGGGACCACCGGGACCCAUCGGACCACCAGGCUUCCAAGGCAAUCCUGGGCUUGAGGGGCCUGUGGGGCCUCCAGGCUCCAUCGGGGCUGAUGGACCCCCAGGUGCUCCAGGAUUCCCAGGGUCACAAGGACUUCCAGGGAUCCCAGGGAUUGAAGGGCCCCCUGGCCCACCAGGACCUCUGCCUCCCCCAGGGAAUCCAGGGCCACCAGGAGAGUCAGGAUUCCCUGGGCCAAAGGGUGAGAAAGGAGAUUUCGGACCACCAGGCAGACCAAGCAGCCCCUGUCUGAAGGGAGAGAAAGGCUCCCAGGGUCUGCCUGGUCCCAUGGGGCUACCUGGACCUCCAGGGGAGUACAGGUGUGAUCCACACCAUCCAGGGCACUCCAGAUUCACUGGUCCACCAGGUCCCAAGGGUGAAAAGGGAGACCCAGGAGAGCAGAAUGGCAAAGUAGAAGCAGAAAUUUAUGAAGCUGUCGUCUCUCAUGGUCCCCCAGGCCCAUCUGGACACCCAGGCCCUCCUGGACCACCAGGCCCCCCCGGGCCGCCAGGCGUCUUGUACUUCAAUAGGGUUUGUCCAGUCCGUACCAGGUCAUUCUGCAAACAGCCGGUGGCUCGUGACACAACCAGAGUUUCAAGUAGAGACAUUUCUCUCGGCGUUUCAGAUGCUGUAUUGCCUCAAAAAGACCUGCAGGACUCCAGCACCAGUCUCAGGCAUCACACAUGGAUUUUCAAGUCAAAAGAGCUGAUGUUCAAAUCCAGCUCAUCCAUUCCUGAAGGAAGCCUGGUGUACAUCAAAGAGAGCAACAGCAUGUUCAUCCGAACAUCUAAAGGAUGGAGCAAGCUCCUGCUUGAAGAUUCUGAGUCCCUUUAUGCUAGCGAUGACCCUUCUGUUUCUAUAGAAGAUCAUCAGCAGGAUGAAAAGCAGAGGACUGCAGGAGGCCCAGACUCUGUGCCAGCCACCACAGCUCAAGUCCACCAGGGAAAGCGUCAAGCAACCCGCGGGGUCCUGCCAAUGAACAUCACCCCGAAGAUCCCAUCACUCCGCAUGAUAGCCCUCAAUUUCCCACUGUCUGGUGAUAUGAAUGGCAUCCGUGGUGCAGACCUUCAGUGCUACAGGCAGUCGCGGGAAGCACAGCUGUAUGGCACCUUCCGGGCUUUUCUGGCAGUGCCCACCCAGGACCUGACCUCGCUGGUGAAACGAACAGACAGGACCCUGCCUGUUGUCAAUCUGAAGGGACAGCUGCUGGCAAAGUCCUGGAAUUCCCUGUUUGAAGGCAACAAUGCUGCCCACUUCAACGCAAAGAAGUUUCCCAUCUACACCUUCAAUGGACGCAAUAUUCUGAAGGAUCCCUUGUGGUCUAACAAGAUGGUGUGGCAUGGAUCCAACCUGCGAGGAGGCCAUGUCCCAGAGGAGAACUGCCAAGGGUGGCAGGCAUCCAACCUUACAGAGGGCCUUGCCUCUCGCCUGAGCCAGAGGAAGCUCCUGGCAGGGCAGCGUCACAACUGCUCCAACAGUCUGAUUGUCUUGUGUGUGGAGAUUGCUUUCCCAUACCUGCACAUGUGGUGAUGUGGGCCUGUGGCUGAAUGCAAGGACACUUUGUGUAGAUGGUGGACUGGGGUGGGACACAGGAGCAUCCAGUCACAGCCAGAUACCGUAUGGGUGAAAGUAAGCCAAUGUCACCCUGACAGACCCAGCUCCACCCUUGGAUCACAAGACAUUUCUUCCAUCAUCUUCUGUAGUGGAACCCACUUUACUGCCAUAGCCAAGGUGCCUGUCCCUGGCUGGUAAAGUGGUUUCACGUGUAUGUAAUCUGGAAUAGAGAACAGAUGAGGGGUUUGUGGAGACCUUCAAAGCUCAUGCAGGCGUGAAAACUAAUAAUACUGCUCUUGAAUUUGCGCUGCCCCCCAAACCUUAGAGCUGUUUCUCCAGCCAGAUGAAAACAUGGCUGCCACAUCAUCAUGUGCAGCAGGCAAACAUCUCCGCCUAGGAACACCAUGCUCUGCAGAAGAAUGGAAUCCUCCUCCCCCAUACAACCUUCCAGUCUCUGCCAUCUAUUACAGGAAUAGCUGAAUGGCCUUCAAGAGACCCACAAAUCUUAGACCUUGUUGAGGUCCUAGUCAUGCCCUUCAGCAAGCUUGGAGCUGGUAUAGAUGGGAAGUGAGGUAUCAGGCCAGUGACCACUGUUCUCUGCACAGGUGCACCUGUGAGUUUGAGGCAUGAACUCACCUGAAGAAGCUAAUAUUUCUCCUUCUCUGAAUAAGUGGGUGGCAAAAUUUGUAGAAGCAUUUAAUGCAUGGCUUUGCAGUGUCUCCACUUUCCUUUACACUUCACUUGUCCAACUCCCAGAUGGUCUCUGUCAGCUCAUGCUCACUUUUCAUGCAUGGGCAAAGGCUUUUUCACCAGCCCAGUGAUUUUUCCAUAGUUCUGAUUCUUACCAGCUGCUGCUCUCCUAAGCAAUCAGCCUCAUGGUUUUCUGUGUAUAUAGUUUUUAACGCUCUGAAGACUUUCUGCUUACCAGCAUUAUGGCAAUGGUCAUUGAUAGUGUGGUGGGCUAACCUUCCUUGAUAGAUAUUGGAGUGUAUUAGGGACUCCUGGCAGGCUUGAUUUCAGUCUGUUAGCUCUGAAAACAACCAUGUGAUUUAUCUAGAAAUAAAAAU